ACUAAAAAACACCAAAUCCAAAACUUCAAGACAAUGUUGGAAAUCACUUGCAAAGGCACACCCUAUGAGAUAGGAUACCAACAUGGCUCUCAAGCAGCAUCCCAAAUAAAAGGCAGUAUAUCCUUCUACACUUCCCUGUUUCAACAAAAUGUAAAAAUCUCCUGGCCGGAAGUUCAGAAAACAGCACUGGAAUUCGAGACUGUGAUUAGAAAGAAUUGGCCAGAGUAUUUGGAGGAGAUGAGAGGAAUAGCGGAUGGAGCAGGAAAAACACUCUCCGAUAUCAUAGCACUAAACGUGCGUACGGAGAUCAAUUUCGGCUUGUUCAGUGAUGGAUGUACUGCGCUUUCUUGGUUGCACGAGGACUCGAGUAUCCUGGCUCAAAACUGGGAUUGGAUGACCGAGCAAAAAGCCAACCUCAUCCUCCUCACCAUCGAGCAGAGUCCCAAACCCACAAUCAAAAUGGUGACAGAAGCAGGUCUGAUCGGUAAAAUCGGAUUAAACUCCUCAGGCGUAGGAGUAUGCCUCAACGCCAUAAGAGCAAAAGGAAUGGAUGCUUCUCGUAUACCCUGCCACCUAGCCCUCCGCCUAAUCCUCGACAGCAACUCCCUCACAGAAGCGGUGGACGAAUUGAAGAAGUUCGGUGUGGCGAGUUCUUGUCAUAUGCUCAUUGCAGAUGCAAACGGAAGCGUGGGGUUGGAAUGGAGUUAUAAAGACUUGCAAGUGUUGAAGAUGAAUGAGAGGAAUCAGGUAUUUCACUCCAAUCAUUAUCUGGUCGAGCAUCCGGGGGUGGAAGAUACGGUGUGGAUAGAAGACAGCAAGUUUAGGAUCAAACGGAUUCAGGAGAUAUGUGAAGGGUUGGGGGAUGAGCCGACGGUGAAGGAGGUGCAAGAGUUGUUCAAGGAUGAGAAGAAUUAUCCUUUUGCCAUUUGUAGGGCGGAGGAGCAGGGAAAUCAUUCUGGGACUUUGUUCAACAUCGUCAUGGAUUUGAAGGCGAGGAAGGCUUCGGUGAUUUUAGGCAGACCGACAGAGCCGGAAGGAUUGUAUGAGAUAGGAUUUUAG